AUGUGGAUCGUCAAGGACAAAUCGCAGCAGCCCUCGACAUCCGGCGUUGCCGAGCCCAGUCCCGGCGGCCAGCACAACUCCCAUCAACGGCCCAACAAACCCACAGGACCCACCACCACUCGCCCGGCUAAGAGACCUCGGUCCGGGACUGCCCCGUCCGAUGGCAACGGCUCUGUCCCCGAUACAAGCAGCUCGCUUCCCGACCUGGGCGAGUCCAAUUCAGAGUACGUGCCGUUUGAUGAUCUCAACUGGGUGGGCACCAAAACCGUCUCAAAUCCGUUCGUCAACGAUGGACACAUGGGCGGAUUCUACAGCCUCGAGGAGGUGGACGAUGUCGAUGUCGAGUACGAAGCCGCUCUGAACGGAAGUAAAAUCAUCAAGUUCAAGAGGAGAUCUGGGGCAUCUGGCAAUGCUGUUGCCGGCAGCAAGAAGAAGAAGCGACGCACCAUCGACGAGGAUCCCGUCGCUGUCGAUGAUACUAUGGAGUUCAUCCACGUUGACGACUUUGUCGACGGAGCUUCAAGCGAGCCCCGCUCUAACGCAAAGAAAUCCAAAACGGCUUCUCGGAUGACAACAGCCACAGCAACAGCCACAGCUGCGGCCACUGCCGACGAGGGUGGUGAUCUUGACGAAGUUCCCGAUAGCGACGAGCCCAAUCCCGAGACCCUUUCCGACGAGGCUGCAGCCGACAGUGCCGACAAUGGAGGCGAUGAUGCUACUCCCAAUAUGCCUGAUAUGCCCGAUACCCUCGACAUGUCCGCUUGGGCCGAUGCUGGACUCGCGCCUGAAAUCGUCAAGGGACUCGCCCACCUCGGCUUUCGCACACCCACCAAGAUUCAGUCGCAGACGCUCGAGGCCACGAUUGACAAGUUCCGGGACAUCAUUGGCGCGGCCGAGACCGGCAGCGGCAAAACUCUGGCCUUUUCGCUACCGAUUAUUCACUCGCUAGCAACCCAGCGAUUCGCCCAAGAUUCACCCGAUGGAUGCCAUGCGCUGAUCCUGACGCCCACCCGCGAGCUCGCCAUGCAAAUCACCGAUCACAUCAAGAAAGUGUCUGCGUUCUUGCGCAUCAAGAUUGCUCCGAUUGUUGGCGGAAUCUCAGUGCCCAAGCAGCGGCGGCUGAUCGCCAGCAACCCCAACAUCGUCGUAGCUACUCCCGGCCGUUUGAUGGAGCUCAUCUCAGAGGACGAAUCCUUUCUGAUGCGCCUGUGCAAAAUCCGGUAUCUGGUCCUGGACGAGGCUGACCGGAUGCUCGAGCACGGUCACUUCAAGGACCUGGAUUCGAUCCUGCAAGCCAUUUCCCUCAACAAAACCGUCGACACCGACUUCUCCGAAGACGGCACGACCUCGUCUCGCAAAGUCGUCGCCAAGCGGCAAACCUUUGUCUUUUCCGCAACGCUGCUCCACAACGACCAGCUCCACAAGAAGCUCAAGGGCUCCAGCCGCAAAAAGGCAAACACGCCCACCAUGGGCAAGUGUCUUGCGUGUAAGCUCGAGUUCAACGACAAGCAGCCACUCUACAUCAAUGUCGUCAAGGAGUCGAUCGUGACCGAGAAGCUGCUAGAAACAAAAAUCGAAUGUGUGACCAAGGAGAAGGAUUCGUAUCUGUACUAUAUCUUGGCCCGCUAUCCGGGGAAGACUCUGGUGUUUGUGAACAGCAUCGACGCGAUCCGGCGACUGCUUCCCAUCUUCACGCUGAUGGGCGUCAAGAUCAUGGGUCUGCAUGCCGAGAUGCAGCAACGACAGCGACUCAAGAAUCUGGAUCGGUUCCGAGACACCCCCAACGCCGUUUUGGUUGCCAGUGAUGUUGCCGCCCGCGGUCUCGACAUUCCUCAGGUCGAGCAUGUUGUGCACUACCAGCUGCCACGGACCGCCGACCUCUAUGUCCACCGCAGUGGCCGCACGGCGCGCGCCAACAACGACGGUGUCAGUGUGAUGCUUUGCUCGCCAGAAGAGCUCUCGGUCUACAAAAAGAUCUGCCAUGCAUUGGGCAAAGCGGAGGGCUUGUCCGACUUUCCCGUAGACCUGUCGAUUGUCACCCAGAUCAAGGAGCGUCUCGCUCUCGCUCGUCAGAUCGACAGCAUCGAGCACAGCCAAAGAAAGGAGCAACACGAAAAGGCUUGGUUCGAAAAGGCCGCCCUCGAAGCCGAUAUCGAGCUCGACGACGAUCUGUUCAGCAGCAAGGGCAAGGGCAGCAAGCAGAGUCAAAAAUCGCUCAAGCGGGCCCGCGCUAUCGGCGACGGCGGUGGCGACGACGACAACGAUGACACUGGACACAACCAAGACGGAUCUUCCACGGCCAAAUCCACGGCCGAGACCAAAAAGCUGCGUGGCAAGCUCAGUGCACUGCUGGCCAAGCCCCUGAUGCCCCGGGGUAUUCGAGGCACCUACCUGACCAGCCAUCUCGCCAACGUCUUGAUCGAGAACCAAGCACUCGAGAGCCAGAGCGGGCGCGCCAAUCUGAUCCCGACCGAGAAGCAGAGCCGGGCCGUUGAGGACGUCAAGGUCGGCAAGAAAGCCGUCGGAGCCAAGACGGUCAGGCUCGUGGAUCUGUAG